AUGCCGUUCAGCGACGUGUCGGCCGGCCAGCAGUACCCGAUGAUCACCACCGGGAUGAACGGCGUCAUCACGCUCAUCCUCGCCCCCAAGUGCUACCUGGAGAUGAGCGUCGACAAGUGCCUGCACAUCGUCGCCCCCGACAAGUUUGCGGUCACGCUGAACACGAAGGGCACGUCGAACGUCGUCCAGCAUCCGCGCGCCAAGAUCGUCCACUGCGACCAGAACAUCUGUGCCAGAUUCACGGCUGAAAACGACAAGAUGGCCGUGUUCGACACGUACGGCGUGCUCUUCACGAUGGCCCAUCUGGCUCAAGGGUACCUCAUCAGCUCGUCGCAGAAUGUGCAGCAAUACAGGGCUCCGAUAAUUGUGCCGAUCGACGUCAAGCAGUUUGCCACGAUGAACGGGGAUCGCGACUGGGCCACCUGGUCGUUCUACACCGAGAGCCAGACUGGACCCACGCAAGUGGAGCUGUGUCGCGAAAUCGUCAACCAGGCCGUCAUCGAGAGCCGCUCGGCCGACGGGAGCUACGCCGUCCGCGUGCACGACAUUCGCAUCGACUGCUUCCCGGACGGCGAGAUCACUAUCAACGCCCGUCCUCGUCAAGUGUGCUGCAACUGGCAGACCGGGCUGGUGGCGCUGCGCACCCCGUCGAUCGACAUCGCCAUCGAGGAGGACGAGAAGGCGUACGUGAAGAAGGGGCUGAAGCGCGUGCACGUCUCGUGCAGCGGAAUGGUCGUCUCCGACGGCAACAUUGUGGCCAGCACCGAUCAGCGCGGCCGCAUCAUCUCGGCU